ACCUUUUACAGGACGGACUGCAGUGGCUCUUCCAGAGAACCAAGAAAAGACGUGCAGAUCAAGAGGUAAAUAUUACAAGAAGAACACAUGCCAUCGGUCAGUUAAUCGAAGAGUUCUGGAGGACCUCUCUUUCGUACAGCUGAUAGAGGAAUACACUCUGUAACCUGUACAGUAAAACCGGCGCUGCUACUUCGUUUGAAGACGGGAAGUAAAGACUGCAAAAGAUAAGACUCCAGUUAAAUAUUUAAUCUGUAUUUCUGGAUUUCUCGCCUUCAGAACUAAAAUCUCGCCAUCCAUUUGCUUGUUUUUAUUAUUUAGGCUCUAGUUGGGAUAUAUGUUUUAAUUCCAGUUUACCUGGUAGGUAUUAACCCAAGUCGAUCGAAUUUCGAAUAAUUUCUGGGGCCGAGGCUAUAAAGCCCGCAAUCUUGUAUAGAGACAGGGACACCCAACCAGGUCGUACUCUUUUAAAACCAUGAGCCAGGCGGACGUAACGACUUGCUCCGCGCCGCAGAGAGUCUUCCAAGAGGCGGUGAAGACGGGCAACACAAAAGAGCUGCAUUCGCUCCUGCAGAACAUGACAAACUGCGAAUUCAACGUCAACUCUUUCGGCCCGGAGGGACAGACCGCGCUCCAUCAGUCGGUUAUUGACGGGAAUCUUGAACUGGUCAAACUGCUGGUGAAGUUCGGGGCCGAUAUCCGUUUAGCCAACAGGGACGGCUGGAGUGCCUUACAUAUCGCCGCGUUUGGAGGACAUCAAGACAUAGUGUUGUACCUCAUCACCAAGGCGAAGUACUCAUCGGGCGCCCGGUGAUCCGCCUGUGCUGUCAGGUAAACGCCGAGAACCGAACUUGCGGACCAGCCUUUCAGUUUACUCACUUGUGCCAAAGUAAAAAAAAAGCACGUUUUUCAUUUUUUUUCUUUGCAAAGGGGCUGGGAAUGUUUGGUCAGAGUGAUUCUUGCCACAAGCCAUUUUCCUGUAUUAAAUCUGAAACAACACUGUCGUUCCGUCGGUACUUUAUAAAGCAUUUUCCCAGUUAGGGGGUGAAUUAUUCAUACGUUGGAAGUGCUCGCUUACACGCUGAUGUGCAGAAACCCCAAAUCCCCACGUCCUAGCUGCCAAGCCACUUUUAAGACUGCGCCAUCUGGCUUGGUGUUCAGUUUAAAAAAAACGUUAUUUUCAUGUACAAUCUGCUUUCUGUCAGUUACACCGCUUUUUAUUUGAAUGAUAAAUGUUACAUACGCCGCCAGUAUCUCAAUGGGAGGAGGUGAACAAGAGAAUCAAGUCCAUCUAUUUGGUUAGAUUACUAAUUAUUCUAUAGGCAGUCACAGCGAUCGUGUAUUUUGUGUCAUAUUUCUUUUCGCCCCGUAGAAAACCAAGAACACUACCUAAAUUAAACUCUUUUGUUUGCAAGUAGUCAGACGGUACCGAAGGGUCCGCAUAACCACCGAGUUUGUAGCAAAUAGGGGAAUAGAUACUUUUAAAUGUUUCCCCGUUUUCCAAUGCUGUUUAAACAAUUAGUGCAGUCGGUGUCGUUCUAAGUUUCCACGGAUGGGUUCCAAUGGGUUCUCUGAUGCUUAAAGCCGCUUGCUAUCCCGUAAAUGCUUCUCCCACGAUGAGAUCCCGAAAGGACCGCCAUUAAGCAUUCGGAGCAUGCAUCUGUGUGCCCAGAUAGUAGCAUGUUAUUGUCCCAACGCUGAAUUAUAUUUAAAUGCAUUGAAUUAUGGUCAGUGUUAAAUUAUCAGCGUUGAAACUGAAUUGAUUUUUGGUCAGAUUUUAAAUAUCGAGAAACUGAUGGUGGCAAAACCUUGAUUCAAUGUUGAUAUAAAGUGAAACAUUGAAGAUCAACGUCGUUUCAACCUUUUUUGUCUGAUAUGGAAUCAGUGUCAUUUCAACAUAUGUGUGCUAUCUGGGUUUGGAUUCCUUUGCCAGCUACCUCGACUGUGCAGUAUCCAGUUGUCCAACUGUAUAGCCUUCACAGUCUUUACAAUACAUCACCUUUGAUGACACUUCAGGAUAAGCUUGGGUUGCACGACAUUUCAAUGUAUUAUUACUCACCUUGAGCAAGAGUGUAUUUCGUCAUACCAGUUAAUAUAUGGACAUCACUAUCGGUUUCACCAAGAGCGUUUUAUUUAGCUUCUAUUCGGUGUUUUUAUUUUCCACAGUAGAAAACCAAACUGUUGUGUGUGUGUGUGUGUGUGUGUGUGUAUAAGAAUUUGUUUCCAUUUUUUCUGUACGAAGGCAUGCUGAUGGAAUGAAAAUGUUGGUUUUCUAAAACCCAGGGCACUUCCAGGUCACCGUAACAUCUAAUGCUGAUUCCAUAGAGAAACAUUGUCUAUAUUUUAUGCCUUAAGAAGGGAAGAGUGCUUGCACAAGAAUAUUAAAAUGGCCCCCGUGGCUGUUAAACUACAGGAGCGAAAGUAAAGGAACAGUUACUACUGAGCAGGACUUCUUAUUGUAACUAUUACGUUAUUAUUGUUAUUUCGCGGGAUUACAGGAUAAUUUACAUUACUCAUGCAAAUCUGCUGCGUUUUUAAAUCACGAAAUGCCUAAUGAUGUGUAUUUCUAUGCUGCUCGUUCAGAAUUUUUUUUUUUUUUUAGUUUUUUGUCAUGUUUUUAUAUUUGGAUUGAAAAGCUAACAGACCCCGGACAUUAACAAGGGGUCAGGUGGUCGCUGGACGAAAAGAUCUAUCGGGAGGCCGAGGGCCGUAUUUGAUUGGCUAGCCGGCAAAAAAGAGGCGACGUCAAAGCCGAUGGCCAGCGCAGACCCAAGCAAUAACACAAGUGAUGGAAUAUUGUCGGAAAGUAGAUUGGAGAUAGAUAGAUAAAUAAAAAAAAAUAUAUAUGCAUUGCUUGUGGUAAACUUGAUCAUUUUAUUUUUUUAAUAUUGCACUGUUGACUGUGAUAUUAGUUGUUGGUGUCACACCAACAUUUUAUUUUUUUCUGAAUAGAAAAAAAGGAACACAAAUACUAUUGUAUAAAAAUUCCAGGAUCAAUUGUUUUAGUUAAUGUGCUACUUCGUAAAACGUAAUGUUUGCGAAGACGUUUGUGUAUCUUUAAUCAGCUGUUAUACAUUAUAUAUGACGUCAUAUAAAUAUAAUGGUUGAACAAUUAAUGAGCACUUUUUGUGAAGUGCUGUCCCCCGUUGUUAUUAAAGGGAGACUAUAUAUCUGAUGGUAAGAUCAAUGUAACAAAACGUUGCAUGAUGCACAACUGUUUUACUUGACUGUGUCAUAACAUUUAUGAUAUAAGAGUAAAAUGAGUAGGUUUAAUUAAUUUAGAAGUGCUGAAGUGUCUUUUUUUCCUGAAACAAAAGAUUGCAAAUGAGACAUGCAGUGAUUGUCUUGUGUGCUAUGGAUGUUCUGAUAUGUCUGCUUGUUUGUUUGUUGUUUUAUUUGUAUUGUUGAAAAUGUAACACUGUGAUGAUAUGUGGAGAGAUACCAUGUGCUGUAAUUUUGUACGUUUGUAUACAAGUCAGUAAAAAGAAAAAAAAAUCAAA